AUGGAAGUUCCUGCAUUAAUAGAAAGAUUCAUAAAGUUUCGUGAUGAGAGCAACAAAAAUAGCGGUCUUCAUCCAAUUAUAAUCACAUGUCAUAUACUUUCAACCUUCCUUCAUAUUCACCCAUUUAUCGAUGCAAGUUCCGUGAGAAGAAUAUGGGGCUACAUUAUUUCUGGCACAAGCGAAAAAAGAUUCAACAGGACUAUAUGCUUUGGUAGUGUAAAACAUAUUCAAUGUUUUAAUGAGGUACCAAGUACUACUCUCUUCAAUCUUCUUCGAUUAAAGGUCAAAAUGUCAACAAUUUCUGACAAGAUUAAAGAAAUUGAAGCCGAAAUGGCUCGUACGCAAAAGAAUAAGGCAACAUCGUACCAUUUAGGUACAUUGAAGGCUAAAUUAGCGAAAUUACGUAAAGAACUUAUGACACCUCAAGGGGGAAGUGGAGGAGGCGGUGGUGUUGGAUUUGAUGUGGCAAAGACGGGAGUCGCAAGAGUAGGAUUUGUUGGGUUUCCAUCGGUAGGAAAGUCUACACUGAUGUCCAAAUUAACUGGAACAUUUUCAGCAGUAGCAGCUUAUGAAUUUACAACUUUAACAACAGUACCAGGAGUAUUACAAUAUAAAGGAGCGAAAAUUCAGAUAUUAGAUUUACCUGGUAUAGUAGAAGGAGCUAAAGAUGGUCGUGGUAGAGGUCGUCAAGUCAUUGCAGUUGCACGAACGUGUUCUAUUAUAUUUUUGGUGCUGGAUGUAUUGAAACCGCUUACACAUAAAAAGAUCAUUGAAACAGAAUUAGAAGGGUAUGGAAUAAGAUUGAAUAAACAGCCGCCAAAUAUCUAUUUUAAGAAAAAAGAAAAAGGUGGUAUAAAUAUGACCAAUACUGUACCUUUAUCUAAUUUGGAUUUGGAUCAAGUUAAGGCUGUACUUAGUGAAUAUAAAAUUCAUAAUGCUGAUGUUAAUUUUAAGUGUGAUGCUACCGUUGAUGAUUUAAUUGAUGUUAUAGAAGGAAGAAUUUAUAUUCCUGCCAUUUAUGUUCUCAAUAAGAUCGAUCAGAUUAGUAUCGAAGAAUUAGACUUGAUUUAUAAGAUUCCGCAUGCAGUUCCUAUUUCAGCUCAUCAUGAAUGGAAUUUUGACGAAUUAUUAGAUAAAAUGUGGGAAUAUCUUAAUUUAAUUAGAAUUUACACGAAACCAAAGGGACAAUUGCCGGAUUAUAGCGCACCAGUUGUACUAAGACAAAACCUUCGUUCAGUUGAAGAAUUUUGUAAUAGUAUUCAUAAAGGAAUCGUUAAACAAUUUAAAUAUGCAUUGGUUUGGGGAAGUUCAGCUAAGCAUCAACCACAAAAAGUUGGUUUAACUCACAUACUUAAUGAUGAAGACGUAGUACAAUUAGUUAAACAAUAA